CGUCCGGCCCGUGUUUUGGGCGAUGCACUGUUGUGUGCAUUUAUUUCUCCUCGCUCCGCAGUGUUCUCAAUUCAAAAUGGCUGCAGGAGAGAACAACAGCAGACCUCCAUGUCUCGGUUUCUCCAUUCCCGGGCCGCUGGGCAACGGUCAGCCGAGCAACAGCGCUCAUUCCGCGGCUGCCGGCAACGGGGGUUCCGUCGGAGGACCGGCCGCGGGCGCACAGAGUGGGCCCCGGAGGACGAAUCCUCAACCUGGGCCUGGAAGCGCUGAAGGCGCCGGUGCCAUAGUUGGGGCUCCGCCGAACGCACAGAAUGCUAACCCGCAGGCUGUCGCAGCGGCGGCCGCUGGAGCGAUGGCAACCGCGGCGACAAACAUGAUCGCUACGGCCACAUCGAAUGCAUCCGCGGCGGCACAAGCAGCACAUUCAGCGCUUCCCAGCGCACCAGCGGCGGCAGCCGCCGCCGUGUUGGUGUACCGGGAGCCCGUCUAUAACUGGCAGGCCACAAAAAGUACCGUUAAAGAGAGGUUUGCGUUUCUCUUCAAUAAUGAGGUGCUGAGCGACGUGCACUUUUUAGUAGGCAAGGGGAUGGGAGUUCAACGAAUUCCAGCACACAGGUUUGUGCUGGCGGUGGGCAGCGCCGUGUUCGACGCGAUGUUCAACGGAGGGAUGGCAACCACCUCCACGGAGAUUGAGUUGCCCGACGUGGAGCCCGCAGCCUUCCUGGCCCUGCUAAAAUUCCUCUAUUCGGACGAUGUGCAAAUCGGGCCGGAGACGGUGAUGACCACCCUGUACACGGCCAAGAAGUACGCCGUGCCCGCGCUGGAGGCCCACUGCGUUGAGUUCCUGAAAAAGAAUCUGCGGGCCGAUAACGCCUUCAUGCUGCUGACGCAGGCGAGGCUGUUUGACGAGCCACAGCUGGCCAGUCUGUGUCUGGAGAACAUCGAUAAGAACACCGGGGACGCACUGGCUGCAGAGGGAUUCACUGACAUCGACCUGGACACGCUGGUGGCCGUGUUGGAGCGGGACACUCUGGGGGUGCGGGAGGUGCGUCUCUUCGGGGCGGCGGUGCGGUGGGCGGAGUCAGAGACCCAGCGGCAGCAGUUCCAGCCCACGCCCGAGAACAAGAGGCGUGUCCUGGGCAAGGCCCUGUCACUCAUCCGCUUCCCCCUCAUGACCAUCGAGGAGUUCGCCGCCGGCCCGGCGCAGUCGGGGAUCCUGGCAGACAGGGAGGUGGUGAGUCUGUUCCUGCACUUCACGGUGAACCCCAAGCCGCGCGUGGACUUCAUCGACCGGCCGCGCUGCUGCCUGCGGGGGAAGGAGGGCAGCGUCACGCGCUUCGGCCAGGUGGAGAGCCGCUGGGGCUACAGCGGGACCAGCGACCGCAUCCGGUUCUCGGUGAAUCGGAGGAUAUUCGUGGUGGGGUUCGGCCUCUACGGCUCCAUACACGGCCCCACAGACUAUCAGGUCAACAUCCAGAUCAUCCACACAGACAGUAACACGGUCCUGGGACAGAACGAUACCGGCUUCAGCUGCGACGGGUCGGCCAGCACCUUCCGGGUCAUGUUCAAGGAGCCGGUGGAGGUCCUGCCCAACGUCAACUACACCGCCUGCGCCACGCUGAAGGGUCCGGACUCCCACUACGGCACCAAGGGCAUGCGCAAGGUGACCCACGAAAUGGCGGCCACCGGCACCAAGACCUGCUUCAGCUUCUGCUACGCGGCCGGCAACAACAACGGCACGUCCGUGGAGGACGGACAGAUCCCCGAGGUCAUCUUCUACACAUAGUGACCCCUGACCCCUGACCUCCGGGCAGGGCGGGGCAGGGGGACGGGACUGUGGC